UCCUGAUCUACAGCACCUCCAACCCUCAGCGUCCUGAUCUACAGCACCUCCAACCUCAGCGUCCUGAUCCACAGCACCUCCAACCACAGCAUCCUGAUCUACAGCACCUCCAACCUCAGCGUCCUGAUCUACAGCACCUCCAACCACAGCAUCCUGAUCUACAGCACCUCCAAGCCCAGCAUCCUUCGUCCCAGGUUCCUCCUCUAUAGCAGCCCUGCACGAUGAGCGUGGAGAUGCGGAGAGACGUCAGCCUGUGGUCGCAGACCUUUGCUCUUCUUUGGAAGAAUCUUCUGCUGAAAUGGAGGAGGAAGUGGCAUACGGUUCUGGAAUGGCUCCAGCACUUGGCGUUUGUGCUGCUCUUGUUUUUCUUCACUUACAGCCUGGAGGAUAGAAGGAUGCCAUAUCUGUCGCCGGCCGCCGACCUCGGGCGCUUGGAUAAGUUUAACAUCACAGAUGUUGUCGGAUACAGCCUAAAGUCAUCUGCUGCCCACAAGAUCAUGCAGAAAGUUCACAAGAGCGGCAGAAUGCCAGGAAUCACCAUCGAGGGAAUCUCCAACGAGAUGGAAAUGCUACGUCUUGUAACUGAGAGAGAAAUGGUGGCGGUGACGUUUGAGAGUGAAUUUAAGUAUUACAUCCAGUACCCAUCGUAUAACGUGCCCCCGGCAAAUGACUACAUCGUAUACAGACGUACAUGCUAUGACGCGGAUAGUUGCACCCCAACCUUAUACAUGAGAAGCGGAUUCCUGACGCUGCAGGCCGCCAUCGACGCUGCAAUCAUCGAGGUGGCCACUAAUCACUCGGUCUGGGACAGUAUGGCCUCCACGGAGGCUGUGAAGAUGGCCUCUACCAAUGUCAUCUCCAGGACCAUUCUACACCUAGGGUUCUUCAUCCUGGUCAUGUGCAUGUGUUACACCUCGCUCUCCUACCUGCUGACAAUCUACAUCGCCAAGGAGAGGAAGGAGCAGAGAGAGAUCAUGAGGAUGAUGGGGCUCAGAGACCUGGCCUUCUGGUUGUCAUGGGGGCUGCUCUACGCUCUUUAUGUCCUGAUCAUUGCCAAUCUGAUGGCUCUUGUCACAACCACCUUUGUGUUCGUGGAAAGUUCCUAUGGGGUCAUCCUGCUGCUCUUCUUCCUCUAUGGGAUAUCAAUGAUUUGCUUCACGUUCAUGCUGUGCGCUCUGCUCCGGAAGCCUCGGCUCGUCGCCAUCUCUGGGUUCUUUAUCACACUGUUCCUUUCCAGCCUGAGCACGCUGCCGCUGGUGAACGUCCUGCCCGUCUUCCUAGAGGUCGUCCUGUGUGUUUUUGCACCAUUUGCCUUCUCUGUUGGGAUCACACAGAGCAUACACAUGGAGACUGACUUUGAGGGCGUCUUCUUCUCGGACAUCACCGGAGAAUCCUCCCACCUGCUGACCAGCUACAUCACCCUGCUGCUGGACUGCGUCCUGUACAUCCUCCUCACCUUGUAUUUUGACAAGAUUCUGGCAGAUAGGCACGGCAUGAGGCACGAGGCGCUCUUCUUCCUGCAAUCCUCUUACUGGUCAAGAGGGAAAAAGACCCCAGUUCCAUUGGACCCGGAAGUCAGAGGAACGACGGCGGGCAUCGGAGAUUACAUAGAGAAGGUCCCAGUUGAGUUACAAGGAAGAGAGGCCAUCAGGAUUAAUAAAGUUAAGAAAAUCUACAGUGGCAAAGACAAAAAGACUGAAGCUUUAAGAGGUCUGGAUUUGGAUAUUUACGAGGGACAAAUCACAGCACUCCUGGGUCACAGCGGCGCCGGGAAGACAACAUUACUGAAUAUCCUGAGUGGGAUGAGCACCUCGACCAGCGGCUCGGCCUCCAUCUGCAACCAUCCGCUCUCAGACAUUCAGCACCUGGAGGAGAUACAGAAGAGAAUCGGCUUCUGCCCGCAGUUUGACAUCAAGUUCGACCAGCUGACCGUCAGGGAAAAUCUGAAGCUGUUCUGCAGGAUAAAGGGGAUCGCUGCCCGAGACGUGGCCUCCGAGGUGGAGAAGAUUGUCUCAGACCUGGCCAUGAGCCACUUCCAGAAUGUGCUAGCCAAUAAACUCAGCGGCGGGCAGAGACGGAAGCUGACCCUCGCCAUCGCCCUAUUGGGAGAUCCAGAGGUUCUUCUACUAGAUGAACCCACGGCUGGCCUCGACCCGAUCUCCAGGCACCGUGUGUGGGCCAUACUGAAGGGGCGAAAAUCUGACGGAGUCACUCUCUUCAGUACUCAGUUCAUGGACGAGGCGGACAUCCUCGCUGAUCGCAAGGCGGUCCUGAGCAACGGGCGGCUGAAAUGCGUUGGAUCCUCUUUGUUUCUGAAAAGAAAUUGGGGCAUCGGCUACCACCUGAGGAUGCAGGUGUCUCCAUCUUGUAAUCCAGACGCCAUCACUUCUGUUAUCAAACAACACGUCUCCAGCGCCAAACUCGCCACCCAGAACGUGGAGGACCUGACAUUCACCCUGCCCUUCGACAAGAUGGACUCAUUCCCAGCUCUGUUUUCUCACUUGGACCAACAUGUGGGACUGGACGUGAUGAGUUACGGGGUGUCGAUCACAACGCUGGACGACGUCUUCCUGAAGCUGGAGGGAGAGGAGGAGGUUGAGAAAGGAGAUUACGAUGUUUUUACCCGAUCUGACCAAAAUGAAGAUGAGGAGAGAGACCUGGAGGUGGAGGACUCCGUCCUGCUGAUGUCAGAUUCCGGCAGCGCCACCCUUCACGGACUGGCCCUGUGGAGGCAGCAGGUGGUGACGGUGGCGCGGAUCCGCUUCCUGAAGUUAAAGCACGACAUGAAGAACUUCCGAUCCAUAUUGCUUCUUCUGGUCCUGUUCAUAUUACCCCUGAUCACCACCACCAUCCUGGUUUACUCCAUGCAUACGAUUCACAACUGGAAACUCGCCCCCAACCUUUACUUCCGGGGCGAGGGUCACCGGGCGCACAAGUAUUACACCCGACUGCUGCUCAGUAACAACACAGGUUCCCCCAUCAAAGACUUUGUCAACGGCAUAAAGGCGCAGGGCGUUUCGGUGGAGGUCGUCGAUGGUCCAUACAAUAUGAACAUUACAGGAUACAACGGCGCGAUCGAGGUGUCGCUGCAGGACGAGAAUUACCACUUCAGGAUCAUUGGAAAUCCGCGAGCGCUAAACGGACUGCCGGUGCUGGUGAAUAUUCUCAGUAACGCCUUCCUGAAAAGCUUCAGAUCCACAGAGAAGAUCGAAAUCUGGACUAAGCCCAUCCAAACUAAUAAGAAUUACGACAGCUAUCACAUUGUUUUUGCUGUUGGCAUGCUGUUCAUGUAUUUCGCAUCUGGUCUCGCCCCCCAUUUUGCGAUGAGCAGUGUCCAGGACUAUAAGAUCAAGGCUCGUUCUCAGCUGCGGAUCUCCGGCCUCUUCCCAUCGGCGUACUGGUGCGGACAGGCCUUGGUGGACAUCGCCCUCUACUGGCUGCUGCUCUUCCUGAUGAUAGCCAUACUGUUUGCAUUCAACUACAAAAUAAUUCUUUCUUCCUUGCAAGUUGCACUGCUGAUACUGGAAAUCCUUGCGUACGGCGCGUCCAUGGUUCUUUACGUCUAUUUAAUCUCCUUCAUUUUCAAAAAAGGAAAGGUUCAUGCCGAUCGCUGGUCUUUCCUCUUCGUUGUGUUAACGAUGGUAUUCGGUCCCUUGACCCUUUAUUCUUUAUUUUUUAUGGGUUUUAGCAGUUUGUUAAUCGCCUCUCUGUUCUUGGUGCCUCCCUGUAACUUAGGAGCAUUUCUAUCGCAUCUGACUUUCGGGAACUUCAUCGGUGCUGAAGAACGUCCGACUGAAUUGUUUCUGCAUCUUAUAAUGCCAUGCUGUCAGAUCAUCACAUUCUGGGGCGUCCUCUGGUUUUUGGAAUGGAGAUUUGGAACACGAUGCCUGAAAACAGAUCCCAUAUUCAGGUUUUCUCAAAGAAAACAUGAAUGCAAACCAAAUCCAGAAGAGCUGGAGGACGCUGACGAGGAAGUCCUCGCCGAGAGGGAAAGGGUUAAAACCUGGAAGGACACAACAAAUGUGGAGGAAAAGCCGACCAUCAUCGUGGACAGUCUGCGCAAGGAGUUCAAGGAGAAAGCGGGAAGUUUUACCUGCAAGAAAAGAACGAAGAAAGCCGCCGCCAGACACGUCUCCUUCUGCGUGAAAAAGGGUGAAGUUCUGGGAUUGCUGGGGCCCAAUGGAGCGGGGAAAACCACGUCUGUACUGAUGUUGGCCGGGGAACUGAAACCUACAGCCGGGGAGGUGAUUCUGUGUGGUGCAGGUGAGGACAGCACUGCCUUCAUGGGGUUCUGCCCGCAGUUUAGCCCCCUGUGGCCCACUCUCACCGUGAAGGAGCAUCUGGAGAUCUACGCCGCAGUGAAGGGCAUGAAGAAAGACGACGCGGACCAGGCCAUAAAGCGGGUGUCAGAGGCGCUGGAACUGAAGCUGCAUCUAAAUAAACCUGCCAAGAAACUGUCUGCCGGGGUCUCCAGAAAAGUUUGCUUCGCCAUCAGCAUGCUGGGUAACCCGACCGUCGCCCUCCUGGAUGAACCGUCCACCGGUCUGGAUCCAAAAGGGCAGCAGAGACUGUGGAGAGCCAUCCGAGCAGCUUUCCGGAACAAGGAGCGAGGAGCCAUCCUGACCACGCACUACAUGGAGGAGGCAGAAGCCGUGUGUGACCGCGUCGCCAUUAUGGUGUCCGGGAAGCUCAGGUGCAUUGGGUCCAUCCAGCAGCUGAAGAGUAAGUUUGGUAAAGGUUACCUCCUGGAGAUGAAGGUGAAGGAUUCCCAGCGGGCGGAUGAGAUUCACCAGGAGGUCGUCCGGAUGUUCCCACAGGCAGACAGGCAGGACAGGUUCUCCUCGCUGCUGGUCUACAAGAUCCCUAUGGAGAACGUGCAGUCCUUAUCUCAGGCUUUCUCUCAGCUGGAGGAAGCGAAGCGAGCCCAUGACAUUGAGGAGUACAGCUUCUCCCAGUCCACCCUGGAGCAGGUUUUCCUUGAGUUGGCCAAAGAGCAGGAGAAAGAGGACUGUGACCAGGACGCCAUGUUCAAAUGGAGGCCCCUGAAGACGGAGAGCGCCUGACAAGCAGUCAGGGCAUGCUGAGACUAGUAGUGUCUCCCCAACCAAAGGGCCGGAGGGUUCUGCGUGGCCUUAUACACAACGAGGGCCGAGUAAAGGGUUAAUGAGCUCCCAGUGUACCUGAUGACGACACCUACGUAGUCCUGGCACCUUGCUGUGUGACGUCUGUUAUGUAUUUCAGUCAUUUAUGUUUCUGAAAGGAGCGAUACAUUAUACUGUCUAAUGGAGAGAACGUAUGGCACUGCUUAUUAUAGUGUCAGCGACUGUUCGUUGUACCGUCUCACUAUCCCUCACCCACCCCGUUAUAACAAUGACUUCAGUCACACCAGUGCACUUAAAGGGAAUGUGAGAAUAUGAUA